UCAGCAAAGCCGCGCUUGCGUCCGUCGCACAGGAGAGACCUUUCCAGACAGACUAGAUCGGAGAGUUUCACGCGCGAACAUUGGUCAUCAUGUUCUUCCUCCGUUACCUCGAACGAGAAAUCAGCAUCCACCCUUCCUUCUUCGGCAACAGCGUGCACGACAGAUUGAGGGAUCAACUGUACGCGGACCUGGAGGGGAGCUGCAAUGGAGAAUACUACAUUGUAUGCAUAAUGGACAUCUACAACGUCUCUGCGGGGAAAGUUAGGCCAGGAUCAGGAGAAGCACACUUUACGAUUCUCUACCGUGCGAUUCUGUGGAAGCCUUUCAAGGGCGAGACGAUUGAUUGUGCAGUUUCCAGCAUCAAGCCCCAAGGUGUCUUUUGCGAAGCUGGUCCAUUGACGGUAUUCGUCUCAAAAUUGCAUCUCCCGCCUGAUAUGCGACACAACCCAGAUGCAACUCCGCCGCAGUACUCCAACAAUGCCGGCGACGUGAUCGAGAAAGGUUCAGCAGUGAGAGUCCAGCUCAUCGGUCUGCGUAGUGACGUGGGCAAUAUGUAUGCAAUUGGAAAGAUGUCCUCGCAAUGGUUCGGGUAAGACCCAGUCCGAUUUACUAGGUUUCGGCUCUUUUUAAUGUGUCACAGACCUCUAUGAUCAGCUCUGGUAUUGGGGUCCUGCAUAUCGGGAUGUAUGCAGGAGUUUUCCCCUUUCAUACGAAGCUCAAGUUGUACUGAUGAGUGCGGCUUGGAUCGAAUGGCAAGUUGUCAUGGAAACAACGCCCGCCAAAACCCGCGUGCCAACGCCCUGGUCAACG